AUGGGAAAGUACGAUGAUGCUCAUGAGUUCAUUCAUAAGUUUGAUAGCAGCGAAAAGCAAGAUGAAAUCAACAUUGCAAGUGUGUAUCGCAAGAUUGACAUGAGAAUCUUACCUUUACUAUCUGGAAUUUACUUUUUGCAGUUUUUAGAUAAAGCCUUGAUCAACUACGCUGGUGUAAUGGGAAUAAAGGACCACCUUGAUAAUCCUGCUCAGUUCAGUGACUUGGCCACAAUUCUUUAUGCUGGGUACAUUAUAUGUGAACCAUUUGUGGCAUUUGGGUUUCAAAAACUUCCAUUUGCCAAGUUUUUUGGAGUUUCUAUCGUUCUCUGGGGUGUGGUUGUGACCUUACAUUCUGCUUGUCUUAAUUAUUCCAGCUUGAUGGCAAUUCGGUUUUUACUAGGAUGUGUGGAAGCUACUGCAGCAUCUGGUGUUUUAGUUUGCAAUGGAAUGUGGUAUUCUCACAAGCAACAAUUAUCCAGAUUUGGUAUCAUCACCAGUCAAGUAGGACUGGCUACUGUUGUUGGGGGAUUGUUGUCCUUUGGAUUUCAGCACGUGGUGAACGGUUCUUUAGAAAGUUGGCAAAUUCUAUUCUUGGUGAUGGGUCUUAUAACAGUGGUUUUCGGAGUUAUGGUUUUGGUGAUUCUUCCAGAUAACCCUAUGAAUUGCAAAUUUUUGACAGAUCAAGAGAAGCUUGCACUCUUGGACCAUCUCAAGGACAACCAGACGGGAAUUGAAAAUAAGACCUUCAAAUGGGCCCAUGUAAAGUCUUAUUUAAAAGAUAAGCAGAGUUGGUUGAUUCACAUUCUAACUAUCAUCAGUAUGAUUCCAACCGGUGCAAUCAACACAUUUUCGGUGACUAUCAUUGGGACUUUUGGAUUUGAUAGUAAAAAAUCAGCUUUGAUGCAAAUGCCAGUUGGUGUAUCAUCUAUUCUUGCAAUUCUUAUUCCUAUGUACUCAUUGUACUACCUCAAAGGGAACUAUAGAACCGCCAUGUUUGUGGGCCUCCUUCUUAUUGCCAUUGCCGGAUACUUCAUUUUAAUUUACUGCACUAAUACGUAUGCCAACUUAUUUGCAGUGUACUUUGGAAAUGCAGGUACUUGUGUUAUUACAUUGAUAUACUCAUGGAACAACAGGAAUACCGCAGGAUAUACCAAACGAUUGAUUCGUAAUUGUGGAACCAUGAUUUGUAUAGCUAUCGGCGGUUUGAUUGGGCCCCAGUUAUUCAAAACUGAUGCGCCCCGGUACUUGCCUGCUAAAAUUGCUUUAUUGGUUAUCAGCUUUGUUUCUAUUCCUUUAGUUGUUCUUCUUGGGUUUGUUUCAAGAUGGGAAAACCAAAAGAGAGACAACAUUUCAGAGAAAGACUCCUCGGACUUUCAUGAUCAUUAUGGUGAUGACUUUGAGUACAAGGACCUAACUGACGUUGAAAAUAUUCAUUUUAGAUAUGGUUAUUAGUAUUCUCAAUAUAGUGUAAACUUGCAGCCAUUGAAAAAGGUGUGUGCGGUGGUACAAAAACUAUGCUCGCUAUUGAGUUUGCUGGAGAGAAAAUUCACCAGUAGAACCUAGUGGCAAUUAGUAAUUAAAUUGAUAAUUCAACAAAAUGACGGACAUGCAAGUUGACACACCUCCCAUCGGAUCUAUAGAUGAGGGUUUGUACUCCAGACAGUUGUAUGUUUUGGGAAAGGAAGCGAUGUUGAAAAUGCAAAAUGCAAAUGUAUUAAUAAUCGGAUUGAAGGGGUUAGGUAUCGAAAUCGCUAAGAACAUCGCAUUGGCCGGUGUCAAGUCUUUGGCAUUAUACGAUCCUACCACCAUCGAGAUACAACAUUUGUCAAGUCAGUUUUUCUUAUCGGAAAAGGAUAUCGGUAAGCAAAUUGAUGAAGUUUCUUCUAUCAAGUUGAGUGAAUUGAAUCAG